AUGCCUCAUUCCGAAUCACCACCAAAGUCCGAGGACUCGCCGAUACCCAUGGUCGACGCCGCUGCUGAGAGCACAACCGCCGCAGUCCCGGAAGUCCAACAACCAGCAGACGAGGAUAUUGACAUGACGGAUUCGAAUGCCACAGCCCACACCUAUGCUACAACUCAGACCCUCGGAGCAGAGUCAAAGGAUGUUAGCCAAGCCGAGGCGCAACACGAUCAAGAAACUCCAGUCUCAGAUGCGGCCACGAGUGCGCCGAGUGCGCCGAGCGAGAACAAACCGACGACAGGAGUGAAGCUCGAAGAACUGUUCGAUGAGAUGGACUCCGACGAAGACGACGAGUUCCCAACUACCAAGGCAGCAAAGCGGGAGCCAGCAAGCUCACCCGAUCUGCUCUCCUCGCAAAGUGACAUGGAGAUUGAUCUCCACGAAGCCUCAGAUCCCGAAGUUAUGCGCACCUUCUACCAACGUCUCUUCCCAUGGCGAUAUCUCUUCCAAUGGCUCAACCACAGCCCAACACCCACCAACGACUUUGGCCAUCGUGAAUUCGCCUUCACUCUGCAGAACGACGCAUACCUACGAUACCAAUCCUUUGCCACCUCGGAUCUACUCCGCAAAGAUGUCCUCCGCCUCAUGCCCUCUCGUUUCGAAAUCGGCCCCGUCUACACCGCCAACCCGCGCGACCGCAAGACCCUGCGCAACUCGUCCGCCUUCCGGCCCUUAUCCAAGGAACUCUGCUUCGAUAUCGAUCUGACAGACUACGACGACAUCCGCACGUGCUGCGACAAAGCCAACAUCUGCCAAAGGUGCUGGCAGUUCAUCACCAUGGCCAUCAAGGUAGUCGACACGGCGCUGCGCGAAGACUUUGGUUUCAAGCACAUAAUGUGGGUAUACUCGGGCCGUCGCGGUGCGCACGCCUGGGUCUGCGACAAGAAAGCGCGCGCGCUCGACGAUCAAAAACGUCGCGCCAUCGCCGGUUACCUCGAAGUCAUCCGCGGCGGCGCGCAGUCAGGCAAGAAAGUCAACCUGCGCAGGCCGCUGCACCCGCACUUGGUCCGCUCGCUCAAUAUUCUCAAGCAGCAUUUCCAGGCGGACGUGCUCGAGGCGCAAGACCCGUGGCGUACCGAGGAGCAACAAGAGAAGCUUUUGGCUCUUCUCCCCUCUGACCAGAAACAACUCAUCUCCGCCCUCCGCAACAAGUGGGCUUCGUCCCCCGACCGCCCCUCAAUUCUAAAAUGGGCCGACAUCGACACGGUCGCCAAAACCUCCAUGACGGCCAAGAAUUUCGACACCAAGAACCUUUUGGAUGCCAAGCAGGAUAUCGUGCUCGAGCACACGUACCCCCGAUUGGAUAUCGAGGUCUCCAAGAAGCUGAACCAUUUGUUGAAAUCGCCGUUCGUCGUGCACCCUGGAACGGGCAGGGUGUGUGUGCCGAUUGAUGUCAAGAGAAACCUAGAGGGUUUUGAUCCCCUGGGGGUGCCGACUGUGCAGAGUCUGAUUAGGGAGAUUGAUGAGUGGAAGAAGCCGGAGCCUGCUCAUGAAGGGGAGGGAGAGGAGAAGCAUGUGGUGGAUUGGGAGAAGACCAGUCUCAAGGGGUAUAUUGAGUUCUUUAGGAGCUUUGUGAUUGGGUUGAUGAAGGAUGAGAGGGAGGUUAAGGUUAAGAGGGAGAGGGAAGAGGAGGGAGGUGGGGAGGGAAUGGAGUUUUGA